AUGGCCUACGAAACCCUGAUGAACACCACCACCACCUACAGUCCUGUCUGCCAGAAGAAGACCUACACCCCCGCCAAGGCCAUGAAGAAGAUCUUCAAGGUGGCCUGCAAACUCUUCAAGGCGUCGGGUCACCAGCAACUGAAGGAGCUCCCCCUCCCCACGCCCACCUCCGACGAGGAGCUGCAGAACUCCCAGAACGAGAAACUGGAAGCCGAGCUCGAGCUCGUCCAACUGUGA